AUGUCAGAAAUCGACGAAAUCAGGGCGAAACUCCGUGACCAGAAGCACGAACACUUGCUCCGGUAUUGGCCCGAACUCAACAAUGAAGAAAAAAAGCACCUGCUCGAGCAGCUCAAAUCCAUCGACAUCGAAAAAAUCAACGAUUUGUUUCGACGAGCCGAGAGCUCGUACAAAGAGACCCAACGGACGUACUUGGACGACCAAAUGAAACCCCUGGACCCGUCCCACUUCGAGUCCGAAGAAACCUCCACGGAGGAGACCCUCAACAAGUACCGAACUUUCGGACUUGAGGAAAUCGCGGCCGGACGGGUGGCCGUUCUCCUGCUGGCCGGGGGUCAAGGGACGCGCCUAGGGGUCUCCUACCCCAAGGGUAUGUACAACGUGGGCCUCCCCUCCGGAAAAACCCUCUUCCAGCUCCAGGCGGAGCGCAUCCGCCGGCUGCAAACCCUGGCGAAGGGGAAGACGGGAAAGUCGGGGAAAAUCCCGUGGUACAUCAUGACCAGCGGACCGACUGACGAAGCCACGGAGAAGUUUCUCCAACAGAAUAACUACUUUGGGCUCGACAAAACCGACGUUGUGUUAUUCAAGCAGGGACUUCUCCCUUGUUUCGAUUUCGAAGGCCGCGCUUUUCUGGACGGGAAGGCGAACAUCGCCCGCGCUCCGGACGGGAACGGGGGGAUCUACCGGGCUUUAGCCCAGAACAAAAUCCUGGAUGACAUGCAGCAGCGCGGGGUGAAAUACGUGCAUGUGCACAGUGUCGACAAUAUUUUGGUCAAAGUGGCGGACCCCGUUUUCGUCGGUUACUGCAAGUCGAAGGAGGCGGAUUGUGCGGCGAAAGUGGUGCAAAAAACCAACCCGGACGAAGCCGUCGGGGUGGUUUGUUUCGUCGACGGCCAGGUCCGGGUGGUUGAAUACAGCGAAAUAACGCCAAGUACCGCGAGUUUGACCGAUAAGAACGACCGUUUGGUCUUCAAUGCCGGCAAUAUUUGUAACCAUUUAUUCACGGUUGACUUCCUCAAAGAAGUGGCGGACAAGUACGAAGAUAAGCUUAAACUCCACGUCGCCAAAAAGAAAAUCCCGUAUUUGGACGACGAGGGAAACCUUGUCAAGCCGGCCCAAGUGUCGGGGGUCAAAAUCGAGAAAUUCGUGUUCGACGUUUUCCCCUUUUCGAAAAAGUUCGUCGCUUGGGAAGUACCGCGAAAUAGCGAGUUCAGUGCGAUGAAAAACGCCGAUAAAGAUAAAAAAGACUGUCCCUCAACCGCAAAGAGUGACUUACUCGCUCUGCACAAAAGAUACAUCGAGAAAGCUGGCGGGGUCGUGCGAUGCGACGAAGUGGAAAUUUCUCCGCUGUUGUCGUACGAAGGUGAAAAUCUGGAGCAAGUGCGCGGAAAAGUGUUCGAGAAACCCAUCAUUUUGGCACCCGACGAAGAACUCACCUGUUCGUAA